GACUCAUCCUCUUCUCUCCAUUCUUCCAACUAUGCCAGAGUCCCCGCCGACGGCAUUGUUGCUCCGUUAUCCACAUUUCCUUCUACAUCGUUCAACUCCUGCGUCGCCACCCGCGUCUCUGCCCUCUCCCUCACGCACCUCUACCAAGUUCCAAAAGUCUUCCAUCGCACAACCCUUCCUUGAUAACCCUAGCCUCAUCGCGCCGCCGUUCGUCUCACCCUAGCCGCCCGUCGCGCUGCCCUCCUGUCUCACCGUGGUCGUUCGGUAAUUCUCUUGCCCGUCAUCCGUCCGUCGUGUGCGUCUACAGCUCGCCAGUGUUCGUCGCCAGCUCGCCAGUGUUUGUCUCGUCGUCCGUCGCUCUCCCUCAAGCCUCUGCUCACUGCCCUCGCCGAAGUGAAUCAGUAACAAGAACGAUUUGAUAACCAGUCCGGUUUUCAAAACCUUGCAGAAAACACAACACCCCCUAAACCCAUCAGAGCUGCAGCCACCUUCAAACAGAACGUGUGCCAGCCCCCACCACUAUCGCCGCCAGCGGUUGCCAUCGUCGCCUCUCGAAGGUCUGCUCGGAGCUGUUGGCUUCUCCGUUUUUGUCCUCAUCAUCAAGCCUCUGUCUUCGAGCCCCCUCUCUCUCUCUCUCUUUGUCCGAGCAUACUUCCCUUCCUCUCUCGUCGUCACUUCCCUUCCUCCCUUGCCGGUUUGUUUAUUACAUCAGAGAAGACCGAUUGCCCAACAUUGAGGAGGGGGGAACAAUGCACGAGAGGCAUUCACAAUGGCAGCAACAAGAAGCAUUGGCAAUGCUAUCCUCCGAAACCACUCCCUCUGUUUCUCCACUGCUUCUUGUUACCGGAAACAGAUUUCCCUCGCCAGUCUCUUCCAGAGGUACGGUUUCCCCCCUUCCCAAAUUCCCCACAUCAUCUCCAACAACUCCUUUCUCUUAGAUUCCAACAUACCUGAACUUGAGAAAUCACUCGCCACUCUCUUCUCCUUCCGAAUUCCCCAAAAUGCCGUUGUCUCCCUCAUUCGCAACUGCCCUGCCGUGUUGGAACCCAAGUUCCUCCAAAACUGGGAGCAGGGAUUGUCGAAGCUCAAGGCCAUGAACCCUUCCUCAUCCAUGAUUGUGAACUUCUUGGAGUGUUCUAGAAGAUUCCAACUGGACCCGGUUGAGGCUUCCAAGAAAGUCGAGGCAUUGAAGAGCUUGGGAUUUUCUGAUGACGUUGUGUCGAAGAUUUUGGAGGGUUUCCCGAGCGUGAUUGCAGUGAGCAGGAGGCAACUUGCUUCUGUGAUUGAGUUUCUGGUGGAAUUUGGGAUUCCGAGGGAUGAGGUGGUUGAUCGAGUUGUGCGGUUGAACCCAAGGGUUUUGGGAAUUGGGGUUGAGCAGAGGUUGAAGCCCCUGAUUCGUGAAUUGGAGGAGUUAAGAUUUCCUAGGCACGAAAUUAGGACCGAGGAGAGGAUUUUUCAGGAUGGUUUGCUGAGGGCUUGUUUUGAAGUGAAGUUAAAAGUGGAUUGCUUGUGCGAUCACGGAUUGAUUCGAAGCGAUGCUUUGAAGUUGUUAUGGAAAGAGCCAAGGUUGAUAACCUAUGAUGUAGAGUCCAUUGAGAAAAAGAUUGGGUUCUUGGUGCAGAGGAUGAAUUAUAGUGUUGAUUGUUUGCUUCAUGUUCCUGAGUACUUGGGUGUGAACUUUGAGAAGCAGAUUGUUCCUAGGUACAAUGUAAUGGAGUACUUGAAAGCGAAAGGCGCGCUUGGUUUCGAGUUUGGACUAAAGGACAUGGUAAAGCCAACCAGGCUUAGAUUUUACAAUCUUUAUGUCAAGCCCUAUCCAGAGUGUGAAAAGAUUUAUGGGCGGUUUUCUGGAAUUACCAAAGUUAAAAGUAAGCAUCCACCUGGUCUAUGGAAACUCUUUAAACCUCCCAAGUUCCUGACAACCGAUGAAGAUGCGAAGAAUUUGAAGUCAUUCAUGGACACACUGGUAUAGUGAUCUAAUCUGAUCCUUGUUAAUUGAUUAUUACAUCAUGGAUUUUUCUGAGCUUAUAUUUAUUAUUGUCAUUAUUUCUCUUGGUUGAAUGAAUGGGUCAUGAGAAUCCUUCUCCUUACCUUCAUGCAGAAAUAGGCCAUCAUUGGCACCUUAGCUCAUAAUAUUUUUACUUGGUUUGCAACAAGCUUCAUGUAAAUUUGCAUCAAAGAAACAAUUGUAGUAAUAAUUCAUUUUAAGGAUUCUUAAUUUAGCAAGCUGCUAACUACAUUCUCUAGUUGCUUUCUUCAAA